UUUUCAAAACAUUCCAGAUGAAGUGAACACUCAGUGUAAGGACUUUCUCCCUCUCCUUGCACUUAUACCACACACACUCACAGGCAGUGGACUAGAACUUUCCCUUCUUGGAUCAUGAUGAGAGUCCUUCAUUUCCUUGUUGUUUUAUUUGGUGGACUGGCUACAGCACAGCAACAGGCCUUAAUGGACUACUUAGAAAGGAGACUGCUUGCGAUUGAGGAUCGUAUCUCCUUGUGGCAUGAGCAGACAAGCCGCUACACUUCAGAGCUGCGGGAGCUCAAGCAGCAGAUUGUGGCUCAGCUUGAGGGCCUAGACAAAAACAAGGAGGCACUGCGUAGUGAACUGGAUGCGGUGGGUGUCCGUGUUGACCGGGUGGAACGUGAGAUGGAUUAUCUUGAGACACAGAACGGAGCACAACCCUGCGUAGAUGUGGAUGACAAGCUGGUGGAGCAGCAGGUGACUGUGGCCAGGGAGAAGAACAAGUCCAAAUAUGCCAAGCUUACAGACUGCAGUGUCAUGGUCUCAAGCAUUAAGGGCAUGAAGAUUCUCAAACGGGUUGGUGGUGCUAAAGGCAUGUGGACUAAAGACAUGGGUGUCUCCACUGGGAAGGUCUACAUCUUUAACGGUACAGGGGAGGACACACUCUAUGAGUUCAGUUCUGUGAGGGACUUCAGCUCUUCCCUAGGCUUCGCAGCAAGCAAAGCGGUCCAACUUCCCUCCUCCUGGCAAGGUAUGGGUCAUGCUGUGUACAACAAUCAUCUGUAUUAUGUAAAGGGCAGUGAGGAGAUAAAGCUGGUGAAGUUUGACCUACAGAAAGCUUCUGUGGUGGACAGUGCUGUCUUCCCUGCCAAGGACCAGCUCCCAGUCUACAGUCUUAACUCUGAGACCUACAUCGACUUGGCUAUAGAUGAAGAAGGUUUGUGGGCCAUUUACGCUACAAAGAAUAAUGAGAAACAUGUCUCAUUAGCCAAGGUGGAUGCUAAAACUCUGGCCAUUGAGCAGAUGUGGGAUACGCCUUGCCCAAGGGAGAAUGCAGAGGCAGCCUUUGUAGUGUGCGGCACAGUCUAUGUAGUCUACAACUCCAAGCUUCCCAGCCGCUCCCGAAUCCAAUGUGUUUUUGAUGUGAGUGAUAUGGUAACCAAUGAUGAUGCUCCUACAGUGUAUUUUCCAAAGCGUUAUGGCACUCAUUCAAGCUUCAAAUACAGUCCCAUUGAACAGCUAGUGUAUGCUUGGGAUGAUGGCUACCAGAUUCUUUACAAGUUACAAAUGAAGAAAAAAUUGGAGGUUUAGACUGUAUUGAAAUGGCUUGUAACUAAUAUAAACAAAAUCUGCUUGAAACCCUGGUUUGAUGUGGAUUUAUGUUGGAUAGGUUGCUGAGGUUUUUAUGACUGAAUAUUAAUCAUGUACCUAAAGGUACCAUUUAUUUUUUAAUUUUCUACCAUAAAACCUUUGCAGUAGCACAAUUCCCCCAUCUCUAACUAUUAUGUAAUGGUUUGCCUUUAUAUGGGACUAAGUAUGUUUAUAUCUAAAGCCUUGUACUGGUGUACCACCUACUGUACUGGCUACCAAUGAUAACCAGAGCUUCAAAAUGAAUUAUCUAUACAAUAAUUUGCAAAUGUUUAUGCCUGGAAUAUAUCCUUAUAUUAUGUCUAACUGUUUUCCUACACAUGUCUGGAAUAUAUCCUUAUAUUAUGUUUAACUAUUUUGUACACAACUGAAUAUUAAAUUGAACAACUAGAACUAAAUCAUGGUUAUUCAAUCACAUUUUUAUAUAAGACAUUUAUAUAAAGACAGCAGGCAUUUAAAAUGUUAAGGGAUUCAAUUAGAACUUAUUUGGUACCCACGUAAACAAAUGUUUGCCAAACUAUUUUUCACCAUAUUAAAAAAAACAAAAAAAACAAAAAAAAAAACAAA